AUGGCAACCAGAACCGCCGUCGCAGCGACGCGGUCUUCCGCGCUGCAGCGGCUUCUCGCCCCAUCCGUAAACCCUACUGCGCGGACCGAGUCCCACCUUUCCCCGUUGUGGGUGAAGUCUUUUAUCCCCUUCGGCGCCUCAGCGGCCGGUGGGCACAUAUCGCUCGCACACACCCGCCUGUUCAACGCGGCAGCGGCAGAUUCGGCUGAAGGAGGCAGCACGUCUGCUUCACCGCCUGAGGCUGCGUCAGACCCGAUAUCUGUGAGCGACUUUGUUCGUGCGGUGGGGGGAGGGGUGGAGACAAACGCGGACAAGGUGGCUGCCGAGAUCUCGUCACUGUCGCAGCUGCUUUCAACCCGAUCAGGGAGGCUGAAGAAGAUCGGCUUGCCAUGCCAACAGAGAAAACGGCUUUUGAGCUAUUUGGAGAAGUACAAGCAAUCCAUGAAUAUCUUUAGGCUUGCAGGUGACAUGACUCACCUGCUGAGUGUCGUCGUCCUCCUCUUGAAGAUUAUCACGAUGAAGUCGUGCGCAGGAAUAUCGCUGAAGACGCAAGAGCUAUACGUGAUGGUUUUCGUGACCAGAUAUUUAGACCUGUUCUACGCUUUCGUAUCCGUCUACAAUUCCGUUAUGAAAGUGAUAUUUCUGGCGAGCUCGUUCGCGAUCGUCUACUACAUGCGUUACGAUAAGAUCGUGAAGCACAAGUACGACAAGGAGCAUGACACAUUCAGACACGUCUUCCUCGUCAUUCCAUGCCUCGUGUUGGCGUUGCUGGUCAAUAGAAAAUUCACCGUUACUGAGGUCUUGUGGACGUUCUCCAUUUACCUCGAGGCGGUCGCGAUUAUGCCUCAGCUCGUACUUCUUCAGCGGACCAAGAACAUUGACAACCUUACAGGGAACUACGUCUUCUUUCUGGGGGCAUAUCGAGGUUUCUACAUACUCAACUGGAUCUAUCGUUACAUUACUGAGCCACACUACAAGCAAUGGAUCGUUUGGAUAUCUGGAUUGGUCCAGACAGCACUAUAUGCGGACUUCUUUUACUACUACAUCAUCAGUUGGAAGAACAACAAACGGUUGAGUUUGCCUGCGUAA